CCCUACACUUUGGGAACCUCUGCUAAGUAUCGUCGGUGAAGUUUGCCAUGCACGUCAGAUUUUCCUGCGCAUUUUCAUAUCUCUGCUAACAGGUUAUGGGCCUAGAGAGCUAAGAAAUUUUCCAAAAAGAUGUGUUUUGUGUUUUUGCCACCGAGAGAAACGUCACAACGUACAGCGUGCUCAGUGAGGAUUAGCAUACCAUGCUAACGGCAUGAGCCGACGAGCCGCUGAGUCAAAUAGCCGUUGGGCUCGGCUAGUUUUUGAUGGAGACAAAAAGAAUUACGAACUAUUGGAGACAAAAUUUUUGGGCCACCUUCGUUUGCAAGGUUUAAGAGACAUUAUUUUGAAGCAGCCUACCGACGCGGAGGGAGAAGAACACAGAGCAAAGAAUGCAGAGGCCUACGCGGAGCUGAUCCAGUUUCUGGUUGACAAAGGUUUGUCUCUUCUUAUGCGAGAAGCAGCGGAUGAUGGACGGAAGGCGCUGGGGAUUCUAAGAAACUAUCAUGCAGGUAAAGGGAAGCCUCGUAUAAUUAGCCUGUAUACAGAACUCACUUCGCUCCCAAAGUCCAGCAGUGAGAGUGUGACUGACUAUGUGAUACGAGCAGAGACAACAAUCACAGCCCUGAGAAAUGCUGGAGAAACUUUGAGUGAUGGGCUAUUGGUAGCAAUGGUUUUGAAGGAGCUGCCAGUAUAAUUCAAACCGUUUGCGAUCCAUGUCACACAAAGUGAAGUUGAAGUGACUUUUGCUGAAUUUAAAACUAAACUGCGAAGCUAUGAAGACACAGAGAAAAUGUCUGCUGCAGCGUCAGAUGACAAUGUCAUGAAAGCACGUGCGCGACCGAGCGACAAACCCACUUUUGAAAAAUCGAAUGACCGUGGGGCCGGCAAUGCAGACAGUGUGUUUCAGAUGCGGACUAAAGGGACACAAAGCCAGGACGUGUCAACGCAAGCAGUGGUGUAGCGAGUGUAAAAGCACCACCCAUCGGGACUCAACCUGCAGACGGAAAGGGCGGCAGGACAACGCACGGAAAGUUUCUGAGGAGUCGGGUAGCAAAGACUACGCAUUCCGGGUAAGCAGCGAGGAUGCAGCGUUCCAGUCAGAGCAUGGCGUCAACAAAAAGGGUCUGAUGGUGGACACAGGGGCAACUUCGCAUAUUGUUACAGAUAUAACGAAGUUCAGGAGAUUCGACGACAGUUUCCAGCCCAAGACACACUACGUAGAGUUGGCUGACAGCACUAAGUGCACUGGAGAGCAGAGCAAAGAGGGGAGGCAGAGUUUUGCUUGAUGGACAGCAGGGGGCAGUGCCACAAAACAACCUUGAAACAGGCACUGUACAUCCCAUCAUAUCCACAAGACAUCUUCUCUGUGAAAGCAGCUACCUCAAAUGGAGCUACUGUGAUCUUCAAGCAAGGAAAAGACACCCUGCAACACAAAGACGGUACAAGGUUCCCAAUAUAUGAAUACAACAGACUGUACUACCUGCAAACAGUAAACACUGAAGUAUGACUUCAUCUGUCAACCAUACCUGUGAUCCAGUUGUCCCAUCAGUCAACCCUUUCUUUAUGCUGGUCUACAGUCUGCUGUUUCUGGUGGGUUUACUCAUCAAUGGCUUCAUCUUAAAGUUUCACAUUUCUCAAACUCAGCAGCAGGCAUCCAGCAGCUUGAUGGUCUACCUGAAAAACCUGACAGCUGCUGACUUCCUGCUCUGCCUCUGUUUGCCACUGCGGAUAACCCACUAUGCCAGCAGCUCUGCCAUUUUGCACAGAGUCCACUGCAGCAUUGGAGCUACUUCCCUGUACCUCAACAUGUACACCAGCAUCCUUUUCAUGGGGUACAUCGCUGUUAACAGGUAUCUAAAGAUCAUCCAUCCUUUAGGAACUCACAUCCUGCAGACAGUAAGGACUGCCCACAUCGUCUCCACGGUCACCUGGGUUUUUCUUCUGGCUCCAACAAUCACCUACAACAUUAUGUUUUUCAAAACUCACAAACCUCUGACCUCUCAAUCUGGGUACUGUGGGCCCCUCUUCAGUACAUCAUUCAGCGUCCUUCAUAAAACGUUCCAGAUCAGUUGCACCAUCAUCUUCCUCUUAGUCUUCAUAUCCCUGGUCUUCUUCUACUACAGCACCUCCCGCAGGGUGUUGCAGGCACAGCAGAGGCAGCUGGCCUCCUCUGGCUCUGAGAAGCUGGUGAAGUCUCGCAGGAACAUCUUAGUGCUGGUCAGCAUCUUCUGUGUUUGUUUUGUGCCCUAUCACCUGGUUCGACUUCCCUAUGCUUUUCUGUGGAAGAGCUCUGUGGGCCAGCUCUUAUACUACCUGAAGGAGGCAGCCACCAUGGUGUCAGUUUUCAACGUCUGUCUGGACCCUCUUGUUUAUUUUUUCCUCUGUAAGACUUUUCGGGCCCACGUGAGAAAGGCAUCCUGGAGAGUCAACGAUCCAAACAAACAAACCAGGAGAGUGAGAGCAGCAACAAGCCAAACCAAUGAGCUGUAAAGAAAAGAGCUCAGACAUCAAUAUGAGGCUCAACUCAACAUUUCAUGGGGUGAUGACAUCAUGAUCACUUUUUUUUAAUUUUCAAUAUAUUUUCUAAAAUAGAAAACAAAAUAUUUUUCACUUUGUCAUUAUGAGCUAUUUUUUCACAUUAAUUUUGAGAUGAAAAGAAAAUGAAUCAUUCUGGAAUGAGACUGUAACAUGACAAAACGUGGACCAAGUGACGCGCUGUGAACACUCUCUGGAUGCACGGUAGCUCAACAUCACUGCUUCACACAUGGCUCAUUUUUAACCUCCUUCUUUCCACCCCACGCUAACAUGUAGCUUAAAUAAUCACAUUUUAUAUCUUGUUUACUUUCUUUCAGUUGUUUUUUUCCAAAACCUGGAGCUGAUAAAUGAUCACCAUGUUGUUCUUUAGUGUUUGUUUGAGAGUAAAACGAGCGUUGUUCUUUGUGACCUGGAUUGUGUCGUUAAUCUGUGUCACAGACUGACUAUAUGUCAACACUUGUAGCUACCUGCAGCAAUAAUAGCAUGUUUGCAGAUGUAAAUGUCUUAUUAUCAGUUACAUUCUCUUUAGAUACUGUAGAAAAUAAUCUAAAGGUUUUUUAUUUUCGUGCUGUAUUUAUGUGUACAUCAACAACAUGACAUGUGAAGCUGAGCUGAACUGAUCAGAAGCGGAGAACUUUUAACCCUCAGUUUUUUAGACUAUAGAACACUUAGAAAUAUCAUCAAUGUCAUUAAUACAGCUCCAACAUUGCAACAAACCAAACUGUUUUAAAAAUCAGGUCUCAGAUUUAUUCGACCUCAGGCUCCACAGAUAUACAAGCACUGGGAGGCACAGACAACCCUGAACAAUAUGGCUGCUGUGCUUCUGUAUGUUUCAUGGUUUGUUUUGUUUCAUGUUGUGCAUGUAUAACACAGCAGCUACUUCCUCCUACUGUUUCCACUGAACCGAUGGCUGAGGCUACAGUCAGAUUUCUCAACACAAAACUAAUAAUAGAGUGUGUAUAGCUGUGGGAAAGUGUGUGUCUGUCCUGUACAUUGUGGUGAAAUAUGCGUUAUCUUUGCUCUUCUGUUGAUAGUUAUGAACAAAUAUAGCUGCAGUGAUAAAAUCUGUAAAUCCUCUUUUCAUCAACAGCUAGACAUUAAACUUUAUCGUAACACCUAGAAGAACAACCACACUGAGCCGUGUGUAAACGUUCAGUGUGAGAACAGGAAGCAGUUUGAAAAUCUAAGACCUCGAGUGUCAUGAAGGAGGCCGGAGUUCUCAGACUUCUUGUGGUUUGAGGCUUUUUUCUGAUUGGCAGUUGUUUAAGGGAAGUACUUUCAGAUUUUAACUUUGGGUUCGCCACUUAUAGAGUGCUUUUCUUCUCUAUCUGAACACUCAAAGCACUUUUAACUACAUGCCUCAUUUAGCCAGUCACACACAAAUUCAUACAACGUUUUUUUUUUAAAUUAAUCUAAGCACCUUAUCUAACAUUCGAUCGGAUCCACCUACAUUAUAAUUGCUAGAAGACCUGCUCUUCCUCCUGAGCCUGUAUGUUUAUAAGAGACAAAUGUUGAAAAUUCCUCAGUGGCGUAGUCCCCUGGCCCAAACACUAAAGCCCCUCAGCUAUUUUAGUACAUUAUACACUUAUAUCUAUAAAAAUCCCAGCUUGCACUGCGGGAUGUGUUUUUUUUUGCUUUCAGCUUGGGUCCUCUAUCAGAGUCCUGGGAACUUAAGGGUCCCAGUGGCCAGCUCAGAUAUUGUUCUAGAUUCUGGUUCUGCAUUAAUUUUUCCAUAGCAGACUAAAUGAUCAAGCUUAUAAGUAGACUUUUAUUUUUGACUUUUAAAUGUGUCCUGAACAGGAAGCACGUAAUUAUGCUCUUAGCCCUCUGUUGGGUUGGGGUUUCACAGUUCCAAUGAGCAUAACCAAUUUUGGAGGUGUGCUGCCAUCUGCUGGCUGCUCCCAGUUGCUGCUCAGGGUGUCCAUCUCUGAGAGGACACUGGAGCUAUAGCACUAAAAUGAAGCUGUGUAAUAUUAAAGAUGAAUGUUUAUUAAAAGUUCCACCAGAUCUUAAUUAUGACUUCAGUGCUGUUCACAGUUAGAAAGUGACUUUGUGUGGUAAAUCGGCUAACUCAGAGACUGAAUAUUUGGGCUUAAACUACAUUAUUUAUAGUGACUCAGUCUCCAGUUUACACCUGACAUUAUCUCCAGUAGUUUUAGUGUUUCUCAACCAGCAAAUUCAGGUUAUACUCCCAGUGUU